AUGUUUUCUACGGGCUACUGGGCCUUGCUGGCCGUUUCUUGUGUCCUGUUUGCUAGCUUUCCAGUUCAUGGCCAGGACCUUGCUAUUGUUGAACGAGAUGCAAAUGCCGGACUGGAACAACUGGUUGAUCCCGACCUGAGGGGUGCCAUGCUCAUCGCUCGAGGAUCCGACAACGAUGGCACCGAUCAUACUUCUCGUGGCCCUCACACCACCACAAUCGUCACCACCAAUCCCAUAGAGACUGCCACCAUGCUUGUGGAACGGAGAGACGUCCCUGAUCAAUCUUCUCAUGGCCCUCCCCCCCCCAUUCCACCCCCAACAAUUACCAUAACGCGCACGCAACCUGCUUCGACCGCCAUCUGUGAACUUGCUACUGCUCUCUGUGCUGCCUGUCCUCCAACUGUGGUCACAGUCAGCGCCUGUCCUAUUCCUCUGGCAACAGUCACCGUAACCAGCUGUCCAUUCGACACUGUCACGAAAACCGUCACCGAAUGUUUCAGUACCACUACUAGCACAUCUACUUCCUCGACUAGGCCAGCCUCGAGCUCAGCCACUGCGACACCCACACCUAGCUCCAGUAUUCGACCUAGUAGUUCUCCAUCCAUCAUACCAUCCUCGAGCUCAGUCAUUCCUUCGAGUUCCAGCGUUCGACCUAGCACCGGCACCGGCAACAGCACCUCGACCACACGCAGCUCGACUCCAAUGGGCCCAGGAUUCAGCAGCACUAUUCCUCCUCGCACUACUAGCCCCACUUUAUCAACCCAACCCACAUCUACAACAGCAAGUACCGCCAGAACGACGCAUGAGGGCGAGGGUGGCGGCCCGUCCACUACACGGCGCGGUCCUCCCGGUAUAGUCCGACGCGAGAUGAUGGGGAACAUCACCGCAAUAGUCACUAACAUGACUAGGACUUUCUCGAAUGCGACGACGGAUCCUCCACUUAAUCUAACGGAAACAACCGUGAACAUAACCACAAAUACUACCGGGGUCUUCUUGCCCCGAUUCCACCGCGCUAGGCUACGGUACUAG